GUCAAAAUAAACUAAACAAAACUCGACACCGACACCCACAACACUUAAAACCAAAAUUGCCAACUUGAAGUAUUAAUGAACACAAGAGAUGGAGCACUUUGAUUUGGUCAUGGAGGAGAUUGGUUUUGGGAAGGUACACGUGUUUGCCACCCUGACGCUCGGUCUCCUCCAGAUGCUCACCAUCCACGAAACAAUGGGCAUGGGCAUCCUCGGUCCGGCCUCCGUCUGCGAUCUGCACAUGAAUCAGGCGCAGUUGGCCGCGCUGACGGGGGCUGGGUUUAUGGGCAUUAUCUGCUCCUCGUAUUUCUGGGGCUACAUCACCGACAAGAAGGGCCGACGCUGGACCCUGCUGCGCACCAUAACGAUAAGCAAUUUCUGUUCACUCGUGUCCAUGUUCAUGAUCAACUUCACCGGCUUCUUUGUGAUGCGCUUUAUCACAUGUAUUUUCGUGGCAGGUCCUAGCUUCGUAGCCGCAACCUACCUGAGUGAGUUCUGCUCGCAUCGAAUCUUGAUCCGCACCAUCACCCACAUGUACAUGUUCACCGGGUUCGCCAUGAUCUACUGCCCAGGCUGGGCCACGCUUUUUCUGAGCUCGGGCUUGAUUGAGUUUGAGGUGGAUCUGGUGGGCAGCCUGACGCUGAGACCCUGGCGCUUGUUGGGCUUCUUGAACAUACUCCCUGGCGUGGUCGCCUUCUUCCUGCUGCUGCACUUGCCGGAGAGCCCCAAGUUUCUGCUAAUGAUCGGCGACACUCAGCGGGGCUUGGCUACGAUGGAGUGGAUAUGCCGGAACAACACCGGGCUCCCGCUGAGCGCCGAGCAGGUGGAACACCUGCGCGUCUAUCAGGACCACGUCGCGGUGAAGCGGCGGAAGGGCAAGCAGAACUUCCUGCGCUCGAUGCUCAACGAUGCGAUGCCCCUGUUCCGGCCACCCUUUGUCGGCUACUUCGUGUGCGCCUGCCUGGUUAUGUUCGUCCUAGGCCUGUUGGCGAACGGCCUGGGUAUUUGGUACACUGCCAUGCGGAAUCGGUGCAACAUGCGGCAGGGCAACAAGGAGGGCAUGACCUUCUGCCGGGUACUUUUCGUUCCCGAAAUAGGACCGAUUGUGGAAACUGAAAGUGACCUGGAGGCGGCUUGCAACGACUCGUUUCUGGGCUUCAACGACUCCUUUAUCCUGGGAUCCGUCUAUAUCGUGCUGUAUAAUCUUUGCUGGCUGUCGCUCUUUUGCGUGCAUAAGAAGGUGAUGUUCGUCUUCUCCCUGGUGGCCUCCUCGACAUUUGGUUUUCUCCUGAUCUUUGUCACCAAUUACACUUUCCAACUCUUUUCGCUGGUGUUCCUGAUCGCCUUUCCCGGCAUUAUCGUUGGCCUGCUCGGGGGUUCACUUCUGGGGUUCGUGCCCACCUACAUGCGGGCCAAGGCUCUGUGCAUCAGCUUGAUGUGGUGCCGCUGUGGCGCGGCCAUUGGCGCCAUUGUGGUGGGCUCCAGUAUCCAGGACAAUUGCGAACUGUUCCUACUGGCCAUCGCCAUCCUUCCUCUGAUUGCCGCUUGUAUGGAGGGAUACUUGCCAUUGUAAUUUCUGUGAUUUUAUUUGUAUACCAUAAAUCACCAUGUAUAUUCGUCACAAA